AUUCGCUCAAUUCCUUUUCUCCCUUCCAAAUUGCUCAUGGGCUGGCGAACACGGCAAUGAUCCCGGUCAGCACCACUACACGCCUCCAUAUUACUCCCCUUACCCCGGAGCUGCUGCCUUCAGUACUCCCUACUUCGAUCCAGCCAGCUGCUACGGAGAUCUCCUUCCAUUGUAUCCCCACGUUCCCAGAGAAAAAUUACGGAUACGUCACGCUACCAACUAUGGAGGCUGAAAAAAUAAGGAAGAAGCUGAAUGGCUCUAUCCUGAAGGGCAAGAAGUUUAAAGUCGAGGUAGCUCGUCCACAGAAAAAGAGACGGAGUGAGGACGAUGCUGCGCCGCAAUCCAAGGCUGCCACAGAGAAAACAUCAAAGAAAAGGAAAACAGAUAACGAUACCAUUGAAGGUUAUGAGCUCCCGCCUGAUCGCCAGGUGAAGAGGGGAUGGACGGAAUCGGCAACCGUGAAGAACGAAAGGCGCAAAUCGGAGAAGCAGAAGAAGAAAAAGAAGGAAAAGGGCGAGAAGGAAGCGAAGGUACAGGCCAAGUCCAAAUACACGGAGAAGGCAGAGUGUUUGUUCCGGACAAAGGUCCCCCCGAACCGCGCAUCUAGCACAGAUCCAGAUCACAGUGGAGAGAAGAGACGAAAGAAGAAGAAGUCUUCUCAAGAGACCGUUGUCCAUGAGUUUUCAAAAACCGUCACAUACCCAAGCUUCUUGCGGUCAGAUGGAGAAGGAUCGAAACGCACGGCUACUUUCGAGGAGGGGAAGGGCUGGUUGGACGAUUCUGGAAAUAUCAUAGAGCCUACCAAUGCCCGUAUCAAAAAUGAUAACUACAGGCCUGGGCAGCUUGCAGGGGCUAAGGAGAAAAGGAAGUCGGCGAAGAUCUCUCCGAAACAGCUUGACUCGAGUGCACGGGAAUCUGAAGGCAUAAUUUUUCCCUCCGAAAAAGAGAAAACGGCAAAUUCCGAAAAUGAUUCAGAUGAUUGGACGUCAUCCAGCGGUUUAACUUCAUCAGACGAAGAUGAUGUGGACUCAGAUAGUGACUCCAACAUGUCUAGUUCGUCCGAUGAAUCUUCAGUCUCUUCCAGCUGCGAGGAAAGCCACGAACGACCUCAAGGGUCCGAGUCCGAGACCCCUAGGGAGGUUGCAAACUCCAUAAAUGCAACUUCUGGUGAAACCGACGUGUCCGUAGUUUCAUCGCAGCCAAGAGAAGAAAGCAAUCAACCACCAUUUGAAAACGUCCAUCCACUGGAGGCUCUUUUCAAACGUCCAGCGCAAGACUCUUCCGAAAGCAGACGUGCAGAGGCCAACACUCAGUUUAGUUUCUUUGGGAAUGAUGCAGAUAUAGAAGAUGAUGAAUCUGGACCCGAAUCCGAACCUCAGCCAGUCGAGCCUCAGACGCCCUUCACAAAAAAGGACAUACAACUUCGCGGAAUAAGAAGCGCUGCUCCAACUCCGGACACUGCUCUGGCUUCUCGGAUCAAAUGGAACAGCUCCGAUAACACGGACGACAGUCAGGACUCUGGAGACAAUGAGACCACGGAUUCAAAGCACAAACAGAAUACGCCAGUCUUGAAUAAAGAGGAGAGCGAAUUUUCCAAAUGGUUCUGGGAGCACCGCGGAGAAAACAAUCGAGCAUGGAAAAGACGACGUCGUGAAGUUGCCAAGGAACAGAGACAGAAGGAAAAUAGGAGGACAGGAAUGAAAGGGAAAUCAUAGGCUUUGAAUAGCUGAGUACCUGUAAAUGAUAUAAUAUACAUGGUUUAUUAAUUUGGACUUUAAUGGUG